AUGCGGGGUAGACAAGACUGUCAUGAAAAAUUUGAACGAACGGUUUGUGUUUGGGUAUUUUUCAUUGUAACCGCUUUCGUCCUAGUCCAAGCAUUCAAACACAUUAUAGUAUGA